AUGCAUUUGCCUAAUACUAAAGAUGAACUAUGUGUGGUAACAGCAAAUUUACUGUCCAAGGUUAUUGCCAUCAACAAUGGGACGCUAGAUAACAUCGACGACGAACUGUUCUUUCUUCUCGUACGGAACAAUGUACACGGGGAAACAGUGAUAUAUGGCUCGGCUAUUGGACUAGAAAAGGGAGUUUACAGUAAGUACGAAAGUUUUUGUCCCUAUGCGUACAAGAAAAAUGGAACUGUUAGAGCGCAUGAUAUAGCCAUUAACUAUGACUUCCAAGACACGUAUACACCCUGGUGGACGGAGAUCAAAGCGAAGAAUUUUGAUAACGUUCCUAUAGUUAAAGAUGUGGUUAUAGAAGGAGACGAUCAUCUUCUUUCAGAACGUGCAGUCUCUUAUCCAGUGGCAAAAAUUACAGAUGGUUACUGGACUGUACCAUAUUUUGAUUGUGGUGGUGGUAACGUGUGGAUGGUAACAUACGUAGCUCCUCUUCUGAAAGAACAGAACGGUUCUGUUGUGUUUCAAGGGAUAGCAUCUAUAGACAUUGAAUUGACGCACAUUGACAUUAACCAAUGUGACAGUGAAGAAGGUGACAUAUCUUCUGGCCUUGAUGUAUUUCGUUCAACACACAGAUGUCAGCCUACAACCACGUGUGUCGCUAUAUAUGGGCAAGGUUUUGUGACAGGUGCCUACAAUUGUCAUUGUAACGAUGGCUAUUAUUUUCCUCGGAAAACAAAUGGAACAAAAGCGUACUCCGUAACAGAAUUAGAUGAUUAUGUCCGAAAGUUUGGAGAAGUCAAAUCGGGAAUGUUCCAGUGCGCUGCGUGCGCAACCGGAUGUGACACGUGUGUUGACAGUUCUCCAUGUGUGCAAGAAUAUGAAAUUCAUCUGAAAAUCAUACUUUUAGCUUGUACAUCGUUAACUGUAAUUGGUAUCGUGUCCGUUGCGAUUGUAACUUACUUUUACAAAGAUAACAAGGUAAUCAAAUCUGCAAGUCCUAUGUUUCUCGAACUAAUGUGCGUUGGUGGUAUUUUGGUUUGUUCACAGUUUUUUACAACUUAUUUCACAUCAACUGUUUUGGUAUGCACAAUACGCAUCUGGCCGCAGCAUAUCGGUUUCUUUAUUCUGUAUGGAUCUCUGGUUGUAAAGACAUGGAGAAUUUCUGCAAUAUUUACUGUGGGUGCUGGGAAGAGAGUUUACCUUCCAGAUAAGGCUCUUUAUCAACGGCUAGGUCUUAUGAUGGGUUUUGUUGUUAUAGUUCUUGCCGCAUGGACUGUAGGUAAACCACCAGUAAUUCAAAAAAUUAAGACAUCCGAUGAUCUUCUCUUUUAUAUUUGCAACUAUGGACCAAUGGAAUAUGCCGUUAUUUCAGCUGAAAUACUGCUCCUAUUGUAUGGCGUGUACCUUUGCUUCACAACAAGAAAAGUGCCGUCACAGUUCAAUGACAAAUUCAUGACGUAUGCGAUAUAUAACGCAAUAAUUCUUGGAAUUUUCAUGACAUUCAUGUCUCGUCUGCUUAUAACAGUUAUCGGACCUGAUAUGUCUCUGGUGUUUCAAUUUCUCCAACUCCAAGUGUUUGCUACAAUUACUCUUCUUAUCAUUUUUGUUCCAAAGUUUUUAGCUGCCAGAAAGGCAAAAGAAACUGGCGAUCAGAAUAACACAUUCUCUAGUCUCAACGGCCAAGGUUUCGGAAAAGGUCUAUUUACUAAGCAGUUAUCAUCUGAGCUAGAUUUGAAUGUAAACUUUCUCAAAUUCCUGGUGAAAGCCACGAACAAGGCAACACAAACAGACAGUACGUUAGAAAGCGAGGGAUCCACUUACACAACAGUCGACACAAAAUAG